UCUGCAUCAGAAAAUAGGAAAUGUCCCGGAAAAGACACAUGAACCCUAAGGAUGAAGCUAAAUUUUAUGUCACUAAAGGGACAGAUAAAUUGGGACUGGAUGUUAAAUACAUCAAUCCUAUUAAAGGCCGUGGCGUCUUCAGUACUGUAUCAUUUGAAAAAGGAGAAUUUAUAUUGGAGUAUAGAGGUGAACUAAUAAACAUGCGGGAAUGCGAGAGCAGACAAAGACUUUACCAUGACAGUCUUAAGGUCUUCAUGUUUGAGUUCCGUUUUAAUGGAAAACUAUGGUGCAUUGAUGCAGCAAAGGAGGAUGGGUCUCUCGGAAGACUGGUAAAUGAUAACCAUAUUGAUCCUAAUGCAACAAUGAAGAACCUAAGGGUGGAUGGGAAACCCUGUCUGUGCUUGUUCGCUUUAAAGAGCAUAAGUCCAGGAGAGGAAAUCACCUAUAAUUAUGGUGAUUCGGAUUGGCCAUGGAGAUGUAAGGUACGUCAAAGUUUAAAGUUUGACUUUUAUAAAUUACUGUUUCUUAAUCCAAAAGGAAUUACAAUAACCAACUAAUUCAGUUACAACUCACUGAUGAAAUUUUAUUAUAAUUGAACCUGCUGGGGUUGUUACAGUUUUUUCCAAUUGCUAACACACUGAAAUCUAAUGUAAAGCUCAACUGCAGAAACUGACACUCAGAGAACAAAAUCUCUCCUCACAUUUGCUAUAUUCAAAACACAAAUCACACCUUUGAACACAAUAAGCAAUUAACUUGACUUCUUUUGCAUUAGAGUGCACACACUUU